CUGACCCUCUGGAUCUGCUGCACUACUGUGAGAAAACAAUCCGUCUCUAAAUGAUUCUCAUUUCUGGCUAGAUGACAUUCUCUGUUGAUAUGACGGCCCGUGGAUAAAUGAGGGAAAGCGUGACAACAUUUGGCGAAGAUGACACAGAACAUGUUCCAGGAGGGGUUGCACCAGGUGUUUUUCAAGGAGACACCCUCAACCCGCCCACUGAACCAGGUUAUCAAGCACGGGGAGCUAAUCAGUGGCAGGAUAAGUCGCUGGUUUGGGACUGUGGUUAAUACCAGACUUUUAGUCACUGGAGUGGUGCAGAUCCUCAGUGCAUUAGCUUGCAUACUGGCCACAGUCACCCAUGCAUGUGUGAGCUACAGCUGCUCCGUCUCCAUGACAACACCAGUGUGGUCAAGCUUAUGUUAUUUGGCUGCUGGGUGUCUGGCUAUGGAGGUUCAGAGGAAAGCUAAUAAAUUAAAGAUUAUCGCUCUGAUGGGUCUGAACCUCUUCAGUCUACUGUUUGGCUUCUCUGCUCUCCUGGCCAACAGCCUCGGGUCCACGCAGCCUGUCGCACUCAACACAAACCAACAGCGUGUUGGUUCAUAUGUUGCAAAGGGGAGCUCCAUAGCAUUUACCGUACAGUGUUUUCUGGCGUCGUUCUACAUACUUUUCCUGUCGUUGAGAGGCCUGCGCCGCUACAGUCCUCACCAAAUUCAGGCUUACUGCCGCCUCUCACAGGAUCCAGAUGAAACCAACGGGCCUCUACUGGAACAAGUGUAAUUCAAUCAGUGAAACUCAAAGACCUGAAAGAACACACUCCUGCUUGAGCAGCAUUUUUUUAACCUCAGUUACUGUUAUUGAUCAGGGUCUGCAUGGUUGGUUUGAACCAAAAUUGUUUUAAAUAUUGUGAAAUUCAGCAUCACUUCUGCUUUUGGGAUUCCAAAAAGCUUCAAAUUCACGUUCCCAAACAAGGUGCAGCAGCUAAGUUUAAACCUACAAAAAAUAAACAGCAUGUUAAAGAAACAAUGGUGAACACAACACACAGCGUUGACUUGUUAAACAUUUUAAUCAAGCAACAUAUAUGCAUGUUUUCAAAGCUCAGCAAUCUGUUUAUCUAACAUUGUUGGAAUUGAUUCUAGUUUUGCCAUCUUGCUGCUCUGUGGUCAACACUAGAGAGCAGCAUUGCUGCUGACUUGUCAUGUGUUUCAGUCUGAUCCACAAAUCAGCUCAGCCUGUUUAGUGCAAGAAGAAUAGAUGAGGAAAUUGUUUCACAUCAGAUGCCAAAUAUAGAAAUAGAAAGACUUGCUGGUCAGGGCAAAGCCAUAUAUUGAAGAGAAGAGGAACGCACUCUAAGCUGCAAUGACUUAACUAACAACGUGGGAAGGCAAUUCACUGUUUUAAUUGAAUGACCAUUGAGUGUAAAUAAAUGGUUUGUUUUAGUAAGCUUGCACGGAUCUCUUCACUUCUCCAGCAGAUCUUAAUUUCCACGUUCACUUUUAUCUUUAA